UACUUAAGCAGUAAGCUACAGCUGUUGUUAGUCUGCAGAUCAUAAAAAAUGCUGACCUAGAAGAAUUGAGGGAGUUGGGCUCUGGGACAUAUGGUACUGUUUACCAUGGAAAAUGGAGAGGAACAGAUGUUGCUAUAAAGAGACUCAAGAAAGCAUGUUUUUCUGGGAGGUCAUCGCAGGAAGAAAGGCUGAUCAAGGACUUCUGGAGAGAGGCACAGAUCCUUUCAAACCUUCAUCAUCCUAAUGUGGUUGCAUUUUAUGGAGUAGUACCUGAUGGGUCAGGGGGAACUUUGGCAACAGUGACUGAAUUCAUGGCUAAUGGAUCACUUAGAAAUGUUCUUAUUAAAAAGGACAGGUCACUUGAUAGUUGCAAGAAACUUCUAAUUGCCAUGGAUGCUGCUUUUGGGAUGGAGUAUUUGCACUCAAAAAACAUCGUCCACUUUGAUCUAAAAUGUGACAAUUUGUUAGUCAGUCUGAGGGAUCCACAGCGACCCAUAUGCAAGGUUGGAGAUUUUGGACUGUCAAGAAUUAAACGCAAUACUCUCGUAUCUGGAGGUGUACGAGGUACUCUUCCCUGGAUGGCACCUGAACUGUUAAAUGGUAGCAGUAACCGAGUAUCUGAGAAGGUUGAUGUUUUCUCAUUCGGCAUAGCAAUGUGGGAGAUCUUGACUGGGGAAGAACCCUAUGCAAACAUGCAUUGUGGGGCAAUCAUUGGGGGAAUUUUGAAGAAUACUCUUCGGCCUCCAAUGCCAGAGUGGUGUGAUCCCGAGUGGAGGAAAUUGAUGGAACAGUGCUGGUCUGCUAAUCCUGAAGCUCGGCCAUCAUUCACGGAGAUUAGAAACAGGUUGAGGUCUAUGGCUGCUGCACUCCAGGCAAAGGGGAAUAGCAAUUUGGCAGGACGUGCCAACGCAAACACACCUGUGUGUAUAUAGACGUUUACUCAAGGAAAAGAUUGUAUCUUUUUGUUCCUGCCACAGAUUUGGAAUCUUCCAUAUAUGAAAUCGAGCCCUUGUACAUUUUGA